ACGGAACAAUUUCCCUUAGAAGGAAACUUUGCCUGAAUGUAGCAAAUGUAGCAGCCGCAUAGUCUAGUGAUGGCUAUCAUCACUGCUAAUGGUGAAAUAAUUCAAGACCGCGAGUUAUUAAAUUAGCAAGGCGAUAGCCUAUAGCAAGAAACGGGAAGGUAGCCGUAUGCACUUGCGCAUCGAGUUCUCAGAUGAGGAAAUAACUGAUCUACCAGUGCGUGCGUGUAGUCUACAGGAAUAAACACUACAGCUGUGAAGUGAUUCUCUAAAAUUGCCGUUUAAAUGUUAGCCAUCGCCUUGUGACAGGUUACCAGAAUGUCCUGUUUAUUCUGUCAAGGCAAACUUAACCGAUGAAACUUCUGUCAGAUGACCAUUGUGCCGAGUGGAAUUAGGGAUUCCGUCUGUUUAGACCUGGAAAGAGAUCCUCCUCCCCGAGGCACCAAUAUCAGAAGGGAGGAGGGUUGAAGAGUGGCGGCAGCAGACUUCCAUACACGGUGUUCAAGGUGGAAGUUUGGAGGUCUGGUGGUGUGUUUGUAAUUAACUAAUGAAGGGCAUGGAUGUGCUCCGCCGCUCCUCAGUAUUCGCGGCAGAAGUGAUGGAGGUCUUUGAUCGCUCACCCACGGAUAAGGAACUGGUGUCUCAAGCCAAGGCAUUAUGUAGAGAUUAUAUCCAUUCUAGACUGAACCGGGCUGGGAUCGGUUGGUCUAAACCCGAACAUGGAGUCUCAGCCCCGGGGUCGGCACUUGGAGAGGUGUCUUCGGUUCUCUUGUGGUUAGGUGAUGAGCUUGAGUACCUGCGACCCAAUGUUUACCGAAAUGUAGCCCGGCAGCUCAACAUCCCUGUAGCGUCCGAAAAUGUGGUGUCGGAUGCCUUCCUCGCUGUAGCAGCAGAAAUAUUCUCAACUGGAGUGACAUGGGGGAAGGUGGUGUCACUGUAUGCAGUAGCGGGGGCUUUGGCGGUGGACUGCGUCCGUCAUGGCCACCCCGCCAUUGUACACACCAUCGUGGACUGCUUGGGCGAGUUUGUCCGCAAGAGCCUGGUAUCCUGGCUGAAGAGAAGGGGAGGCUGGGUUGACAUCACAAAGUGCGUAGUUAACACAGACCCAAGCUUCCAUUCUCAUUGGCUGGUGUCAGCUGCCAACACCUGUGGUCACUAUCUGAAAACUGUGGUCUUCUACGUGCUGAGGGAGAAAUAAGGGGAGAGGAUGUGUCAGACUAGAUGAAGAACGACCGGUCCUUCCCCUCACUGGUGAAGAGGACUGUCUCUCAUCGCUCCUGACCAAUCACCGCUCUCAGUGUUUACAUUGUUUACACCUGCAGAAAGUUUGCACUGUGCCUCUGACUAGUAUUAUGGUAUCCACCACUUCAGCAGACCCACACAGUCCCCAGUACGUCUGUCCUGUGUUUUCGGUGUUGCUCGCACUUUGUUUGGUCCUGGCUGGUCCGUCAACCCUUCCCGAGACCAAAACAAUCAUGGGGUCGUGGUAUUAUUUCUUGUGUAGAAUGCAGCACAAUGUUAAGAAGAGUAGUUGCUCCUUUUAUGUUUCAAGUCUCUCUGCAAAAACUAUUCUGAGGAGGGUUCCAACACUGCUCCUUGUGGCUGACCACAUGCAUGGUCAGCGUCACCUGAGGAUUUGAACUGGACAUGAAGCAGCUGGUAGAUUUACAGCCACUGCAAGGACUUCUUGGUGGAUAUUUAUGUGCUAAACUCCAGCUAGAUGGAAUCUGGAUAUUGUUAUCACAAGGCGUUUUUUUUUCUUCUGUGUUUCAAACGAUAGCACUCUGGAACCGUGGGUGUGCAAGAGAGCUUGCACUUAAGGAAGGUUUGCCUAUUGAGGCUGUCUUCACAGAGGAAUGCAUUGUGCCUUUGGUACGGCACAGUGAGUGGACUGCGUUUUGAAGUAUUCCUGUAUAUUUCACUCUAGACUGGAGGUUGAUCUUCCCCUUUUUAUCCUAGCAUGAUAAGAGUUCCAGACCUUCCCAUAGUGCCAAAGCCCUGAAUAAAGCCCUGCCACUGUGGGAGGUGCACUAUGAACUCUGCUCUGGUUGAUAAUUUACGUUUCAUGGAUCAAGUCAGUGGCUUGUUUUUAUUUUAAUUUUUUAUCAUUUCAAAUAAAUUUUAUUCUGUGAAUAACGACACCUCUCUACCAUUGUAUGUGUGUAACUGGCAUGCUUCACUGAAUGUAUGCAAAAAUAAACCUUUUAAAAUUCUCCAAAA